AUGGACCAGUCGGCCUUCGCGGACUCAUCAGCCAUGUACGCCGGUCAAUGGAUUCCAAAUGACCAUGGUCAUGGAAAGGACAUGGGCCCCGGCCCGCAAAUGUCGCCGGAAGACAUGAUCCUCCAAGCCGCCACCCAUAUGCAGACGGCAAACCACGACUUCUCGAUGGACGGGUCCAUGGGAGCCGGGAUGGCUCACCCUCAUCACCACCACAUCCCUUAUCAGCAGCAACAGCAUACCAUGACAAGACAUCCUCUUCCCGCCGAGCAGUACGUUGCCGCCAACGCAAGCUUCACUGAAGGAGAAAGCCAGAUGCUCGACCGUGAUGACAACGAGGAUGGCGAUUCCAUGUCCGGACCUGUCGGAGCCGCAAAGCCUGCUGCCACUCGAUCCAGCGCCAAUAACGAACUCGAAAUGAGACAACUUUUCACUGCAAACCGCCAUCGUAAGCUUCAAGACGUCGCUGGCGAGCUUCAUGGUAAUGAGCGAGGUCCCAAUUCGGAGCGCACCCGUCAGGUUUUUGCCAUGUUAUGGAUCAAUUCUGUCUGUUCCAAAGGGAAAGGCUCGGUACCCCGUGGCCGCGUAUACGCGAACUAUGCCUCACGGUGUGCCACUGAGAGAAUCACGGUCCUGAACCCUGCUAGCUUCGGAAAACUGGUCCGCGUUCUCUUCCCUGGCCUCAAGACCCGUCGUCUUGGUGUUCGUGGAGAAUCCAAAUAUCAUUAUGUCAACUUUUCUCUUGUUGAUGACCAACCAGACUUGAGGGAGUCGCAACCACCUGCUCCCAGACCGCUUCCCGAAGCCAAGAGUCUCUCCCAAAGUUUCAACACUUCCGUCCAGGGCAAUAGCAAUACUGCAAGUCGUGGCUCCCUGCCCUCGCCGCAAGAGGCUAGCCAAAGCCAGAAAAGCCCUGAUCCAGCUAAAUCCUCCAGCAGAUCUCAUAGUCUGUACAACCAGCCUGACUUGGCCAGUAUCGAUAAUAUCCGAAAUACCUCAACCAAGACGGAACUUGAGCUCUCAUUCCUGCCUGCCGAUAGUGGUCCAGUGGACCAGCAUGACGUUCUUGCCCUUCCAGCCAUUGAGCUAUAUCUUCCUCAGGGGACAGACCCCGAUGCUGCCAAGUCAUUGUCUGCACUGUAUCGUUCACAUUGCACAUCACUAGUAGAAUGCAUCCGGUACUGCAGAGAGAAGACAUUCUUCCACCUAUACACAUCUUUCCAGGGCACUUUGACUAUGCCAGUCCAAAAAUUGUUUGGGCAUGCUGCCAUAGCACCGUGGAUUGAGGGAUGUGAUUACGUUUUAUAUCAACGCAUGAUGAGCAUCAUUUCCGGGCUGACCCUUCAAGUAGUCCCCAAGCCAGUUCUUGACACCCUGCGCAACAUUUCGGAGAGACUAGUGCCACAUAUUCGCGAGUCUUUUCAGGGACAGCCCCAGCAUGUUCUAUCGGCUAAGGAGGCACCCGCCGCCCUCUUUUCUGGCCUGAUAGACCGAGCUCUGCGAGUCAACUUGACAGCACAUGCAGCAGCAAACAUGCUGUCGAACCCUGCCAACAGGGACCAAAUGUAUGUUGACUGGAUUACCAUGAUUCGCGCCAGGAAGGUUGCCGAGUGUGUGCCAACUCGUGGCAUGGACGACGUGGUAGACAUUCUAGUAACAGAGAUGAGAGACCUUCUUGAUCCCGUCAAUGUUCCGUGGGAGGUCGAAUGUCUGACAAUAUACGGGGAUGUGGUAACCCGAAGCGGCAGACAAACCGAUGAUGGCAGUGGAGCAAACUCGACGGGCCAGAAUGUUCUGGAGAGAUGGGUCAACUUCCUGCAGAAUCUGCCAAACAGAUUCCCAUAUGCUUCACACACAGAUAUUGUGUGGUGUGUUGAGCGGGUUGGAACCUCUGUCAUGCGCGACCUCACGCUUGCUCAAGGAAAGAGUUUCGGCUCUUGGUGGGUGACGAAAACUUGGGUUGACGAGAUGGUCUGCUUCUUGGCAGAGCAGGGUGGUUUUAUGAAACAGAAGCCUCGCACCCAGCAAGCCACAAACACAUCUACCAACACUGAGACGGCAGAGAAGGAGUCUAGCCGCCAAAACUCACGGUGCAGCAGCGGCAGUGACGAAUUGAACCUAUCUAAUGUGUCUCAGUCACAACCUGGAAGGGCUCCGUUUCCUCCACCACCAAACAACCAAGCAACACUAGGUGUAAGCGGUGGAGAUCCUCACGACGACAGCGGGAUUGGUAUCCGAACACCAGAAGAAGAGUUCCCAAUGGACAAGUUUUCUUUUACGGGAGCUGAAAAUGUCGGCAUGACUGCAGAGUUGACAACUGGGGCGAGUUUAUAG